CUCGUCGCCCAUAUUGUUGAUUAUAGCUUACCUUUUUACCUAUAUAGUCAGUGUUUCCCAACUCCAGUUCAACAAAGUUUAAAAAGCUCAGCAGAGUUUAAAGGAGGAGUUUUGUGUGCAUGCGUAUCAGUUCUCUGUCUGCAUUAAAUAGCAGGUUUGAGACGGGCCGUCCAGCAGAUCAGUAACCAUGUUGCCCGCACUUGUUCUGUUGUGUCUGGGAGCCUUUCUUCUGUACUUGCAGUUUAGAAUUCGAAGACCCAAAAACUUCCCCCCUGGACCCACUCCUGUUCCAUUUUUUGGAAAUUUGCAUCAACUGGACCGCACAAACCCGUUAAAGGACUUUGACAAGUUUGCUCAGCACUAUGGGUCAAUCUACGGACUGUUCAUUGGUAGCCAGCCAGCAGUGGUGUUGACAGGUCAGAAGAUGAUCAGGGAGGCACUGAUCACAAAAGCGGUAGAGUUUGCUGGCAGAUCAGACAACAUGAUGGUCAGUCAUGUAACACAAAGCAAAGGGGUGAUCAUGGCAGAUUAUGGAGAAAGUUGGAGGGAGCAUCGACGCUUUGCUCUGUCCACACUGAGGAACUUUGGCCUUGGAAAGAGAAGUAUGGAGCAGAGGAUUCUAGAGGAGGUCAAAUAUAUCUGCUCACAUUUGGAGGAAUCUGCUGGAAAGUCAAUUGACCCUAAACAUCUGUACCACCAAGCUGCUUCAAACAUCAUUGCCUCAAUCAUUUUUGGGUCACGUUUCAAUCAUCAGGAUGAAUAUUUCCAGACAUUGAUCAUAAGUAUCGAAAAACUUACUAAGAUUGUCAUUGGACAAUGGGCAAUGCUCAACGAAAUAGCCCCAGUGUUAAGGAUUUUCCCACUGCCAUUCUGCAAGGCUUUUCAGUAUUAUGGAGAAAUUAAAAAUCACAUUCUUAAAGUUGUGGAUGAGCACACGAGGUCACGUGUUACUGGGGAGCCCAGAGACCUGAUUGACUGUUACCUGGAGGAGAUAGAGAAAAGAGUAGAUCAAUGCACCACAUUUGACGUCUCACAGAUGGCCACUUUGCUGUUUGACCUGUUUGCGGCUGGAACUGAAACAACCUCUAACACGCUCCGCACUUUAACACUUUAUUUGAUGACUCACACUCAUAUACAGGCUAAUUUCUUAACAGGUGCAAAUAUUUGUUUGAACAUAAAAAUAUUCAACAGUUCUGGAAUGGUUACAACCAACGCUCAGCUCCGGGGCUACAACAUCCCAAAGGGGACAAUUAUCAUCCCCUAUCUGUCAUCUGCUCUCAGAGAGGAAAGUCAGUGGAAGUUUCCCCAUGAAUUCAACCCUCAAAACUUCUUGAAUGAUAAGGGGGAAUUUGUGAAGCCUGAUGCAUUCAUGCCUUUCUCUGCAGGAUCUCGUGUGUGUUUAGGAGAAAAUCUAGCUCGCAUGGAGCUCUUCCUCAUCCUGGUCACGGUGCUGCGGCGAUUCUGUCUGGUCUGGCCGGAGGAUGCAGGAGAACCGGACUUCAAACUUAUAUAUGGUGGGACACAGUCAGUGAAACCUUACCGUCUUACUGUACAACUACGUACACCUGGGCAGACUUGUAAAUCUGUUUACUGAACAUAUGUUGCCCUUCAGUGAUAACAUCCCCCAAAAGUUGGUUAUAAUGUCACACCUCACUUUUCCGCAAAAGUGAAACAAUUACGACACACAAGACAUUAAAUGUGCCAAUAACACACAUGUGAAAACUCAGAGAAAAUUGUGAAAAAUACCUUUGCCCUAAUAUGUUAAACUCAGCGUGGUUUUAUUAUGUUUGCUUAUUUACUCAACAUCUACAG